AUGCAGUAUCAUCAUCCACCAACUACUCAAGACUGGAAAAUAAUGCAAGUUAUUAACAAUAAAAUACGAGAUGAUAUUGUUAAAAAAUAUGCACAAUAUACGAAACGCGUUAAUGGAGAAAUGAUUAAAGUUAUGUAUGAAUGGUUUGAACGUGGAGAUCGUCUUAAAAAUCAACAACGGCAAUCAUCACCAUCAAUUUAUCAACGUGAUAAACAUUUUAGAUUGGAAAUAAAUAAAGAUACGUUUGAAAACUCAAAAAAUCAAAUACCUCACUUACGACGCCUCUCAUUUGAACAAUUUUGUGAAUUACUUGCUCCGAUUAUUACUGGCCGAUAUACAGAUCGUUCAUUACGUCAAACAUUUGAAAAAUUAGAUUCUGAUCAAGAUGGAUAUUUAAAUCAGAAGGAAAUUGAGCGUUUAUUACUUGUUGUUGGACGAUCCGAAUCCAAUUAUAAAAUACAAGAUAUUAUGCAUAGAGUAUCGAGAGUUGGAAAAUUAAGUUACGAUGAAUUUAAACAAUUUAUUAGUGAAGGAUACGCACGUGAACUGUUAAUGUCAUCUUAUGAAAACUAUCGUUAA